GUGGCCAAGGUGACCAUCGUGGACCAUCACGCGGCCACCGAGUCCUUCAUCAAGCACAUGGAGAACGAGCUGAGGACACGGGGGGGGUGUCCGGCCGACUGGGUCUGGAUCGUGCCCCCCAUCUCGGGCAGCCUGACCCCCGUCUUCCACCAAGAGAUGGUCAACUACCAACUCUGCCCCACCUUCCGCUACCAGCCUGAUGCUUGGAAGGUCUACGUCUCCAAGGGCACCACGGUCACCAGGAGAAAGACCUUCAAAGAGGUGGCCAAUGCUGUGAAGAUCUCAGCCAAGUUGAUGGGUCAUAUGAUGGCACGUCGGGUCAAGGCCACCAUCCUUUACGCCACCGAGACCGGGAGAUCCCGUACCUACGCUUGGAACCUCGUGCUCUGCAUGGAUGAGUAUGAUGUGGUGGCUCUGGAACAUGAGACCUUGGUGUUGGUGGUGACCAGCACUUUUGGUAAUGGAGACCCUCCAGAGUGUGCAGAG